GCUAGCCUAGGACUCGGAGCUGUUCCUAGACUUUGUUGGGUUCUAACUUCUACGUAGGUACCUUACCAAAUUCCGCUUUGAGGUGUCUCCAGUUUCCAGAGUUCAAGUGUAAGCCUAGGACGUCUAAGAAAACAGAAGCGCACCACCGCCACCAGUUGACCGACCUCAUCAUUGGCUGUGAAGUCUGCUGCCAUAUGCAUCAUUUAUGUCGUCUUCACAGGCCUUGAGCAGGUGCUCAGACGGCGAAUGACUUUAAUAUCGUCGUUGCAUUCUUGGUAGACAUGACCAGAAGGUAAUUCGUGGAUCGCUGAAGGGCAUACAAUCUGAGCAAUGAGGGACCAAAGAGCGCUCUUCGGGAUCCAGGGAUAAGAUGCGCCAUGGGCUGACUACGUGGCGUGCAAUACGAAUGUUAUCAAGGGUCAGAUACACUAGCUACAGAGUCACACUGGCAUUAAUCAGGGCCUCAAAAUCCCUCCCUGCUUUGUAUGGUCCGGAGCAGGCUCACAGAGGUCAGGUAGCAGACCCCUUCAGGCUUCAGUAAAGGCAAUCUGAAGCGAAAGCUGCCUUGCAAGCAUGACUGCCCCUGCCCUGAAAGUAGGGUCGGCAAUCCCCGGCUACAAGGGCUGCUUCUCCAUAGAAUCAUUCAUCGAGCGGAAAGGGGUCAAGAUCGGCGGUAAGCGAAAGCACGUCGUGUUGCGCAGCGGCUCUUCUGAUGGACGCUCGGGGUUUGGCGAUAUGGUGGAUGGGAGAUCGGGGUUUGUCAGCAACACAAUGCCGGGGAUGCGUAUCCAAGCAACCCAGGCGUCUCCAGAGCUUCUCUUUGAGGGGCCCGGGCAAGCGCAGUAUGUCAUGAAGGUCAACCAGAUCACUCUAUUGCGCACAAAGUUCAUGCAUGAAGGCAAGGCCACAAUUGAAACUAAGGACAUCAAUGUGUAUCUCACGACCACAACCCAGACGGACCUCUCCCGCCUCAUUCACUGGAUUGUGGACUUCAAAGGGAAGAAGAAGCCAGGAGCCACAGACCCCUGCAAGUCUUGCAUUGCUUCGCACUCUGGAAAAGCGGCCAAGGAAGAGCAGAGGAAGAGGAAGAGGGACGAAAAGGAAGCCCAGCUGGAGGAGGAGCGCAAGGCCAAGCUGCAAGUUCGGAUGCGCAAGGAGGUGGAGAAGAAGAAGUUGGAAGAUGAGAAGCGGGUCAAGAAGGAGACAGCGGAUCGGCUCAAGAAAGAAGCGGAGGAAGAGAAGCGGCGGAAAGCCGAAGUCGAGCGCGUCAAGCGGGAAGAGGCGGAUCGGAUCGCACGUGAGGAAGCAGAACGAGAGCGGAAACGGAAGGAAGAGGAGGAACGGAUCAGGAUGGAGCUUGAGAGGAAGCGCAGGGAGGAAGAGGCGGAGCGGCAACGACUCGAAGCGGAACGGAAACGGAAGGAAGAAGAAGAACGGUUGCUCAAGUUGGAAGAAGAGCGGCUGCGAAGAUUGGAGGAAUUGAGAAGGUUAGAGGAACUGAGAAGGCAGGAGGAAGAGAGGCUCCGCAAGCUUGAGGAGGAGCGGAAACGAAAGGAGGAGGAAGAGCGGAUACGGAAGGCAGAGGAGGAACGGAAGCGGAAGGCGGAAGAGAAACGGCUGAGAAAGCUGGAGGAGGAGCGGAUAAGAAAACUAGAGGAAGAGAGAAAGAGGAAACUAGAAGAGGAGAGGAAAAGGAAGGCGGAAGAAGAAAGGCAGCGGAGAGCAGAAGAGGAACGGCAGCGGAACGCGGAGCAGGAGCGGCUGAGGCAGGCGGAGGAAGCACGGCGGAAGCAGGAAGCGGAAGAGGAACGGACCCGGAAAACGAGGGAGGCGAAGGAGAGGCUGGCGCGCAUGCAGGCCGAGGCCGAGCGGCAGCGCGAGCAGACGGCGACGGCGAAAGCUGCGGGGGCGAAGGCGGCGGAAGCGGAGCGCAAGCGCCAGGAGGCGGAGCGCAAACGACAAGAAAACGCAGAGAAGCGGGCGGAGAAAGCGCGGCAGACCGCGCAGAAAAAGGCGACGACCGCGGCCGCCAAGGCGGCACGGGACCAGGCCGCCCGAGAUGCGCGCGCGCACGAGGAGGAGCGCCGCGCGCAAGAGGCGGGGCGGGCUCGAGCGGAAGCAGCGGAACAGGAGCGGAUCCGGGCGGAAGAGAAGCGCCGGGCGGAGCAAGAGGCGUACCGGAAGUUCCAGGAGAACUGGCAGCGCGAGCAGCGCGAGCAGGCCAAGCGCCGCUUCGAGGAACAGCAGAAGCAGCACGCCGCCGCCGCGGCGGCGAAUCUGCUGCAGAACCCGCCGGUGCUGACGUACGCCCAGUUCGAGGCGGGGUGGGAGAGCCUGUGGAAGAACCUGAGCUCCGACGCCCCGCUGCGCUGCUCCCAAAUCCCCUGGCCGCCGCUCGGCAACCCCGUCUUCUACCUGCAAAAUGAGGGGCCAGACACUGUUUGCAAGAGGGACCCCGUCUUCUACCUGCAAAACGAGGGGCCAGACGACCAGAGGAAGAAGUUCCGCAAGGCGUUGCUGCGUUGGCACCCGGACAAGUUCGGGCAGGCGUGCGGCAAGCGGCUGGUCGACGUCGAGCGUGACGUCAUCUUGGAGCGAGUCAAGGAGAUCUUCAACGAAGUGCAGGCCCAGAGGCCGUGUUAAUUGCGAUGUCUGUUUUGCAGAGCCCGCAAUAGGUGGGCUGCUGUUUGGGUGACUUCAUUGCCUAUUAAACUUCUUCAACACCGGAAGUGGGUCUCCGUAUGUGUUGGUCAAACAUGUCGCGCCACAGAGAGCACGGCCGGCAACGGACGAAAGAAGUUGUACAGACGUCUCGCUCGUGGGGUUGUGUCAGACGUCUCUUGCGUCAAGCUGAUUACGAGCACGCGGUGGACAGUAUUAGAUGAAGAUGUAGACGGUCGGACUCAACAUGUGUCCUGUGUAUAUGCCUUUGGAACACGCGGGGUAUGCGGA